AUGGACCGCCACAUCGAAUACAUCGAAAGUGAGUAUCCUGAUUUCAGCCCUGUUCGAUUCUAUGAGAAUUUCGGGUACCUUGAUGAAAAAUACGCGGAAAAAGUGUUGCAACGCGCCAUUCAGAAGAUCGCUUCUUUGGAUUCCACUUCCGGAUUAUGCGGCUGGGCACGACAAGUUGUCAACGAUCAUUACCAAGAAUUCAACACUUUGGACGUAGUGGAUCACUGGGCAACAACUGCGUUGAGAGUGGCCGUCUGCAAAAAAAUAGUAGCGAAUGCAAGUCAUGAACAGGCACUGUUUGAUGGCUUAGCGAGGAAAUGCAAGAGGAAAAGUAUGCCCGAAAAGCCAAAGAACCAGUUCGUCGUCGACUUUUUGAUGGGUGGCGUCUCGGCUGCUGUGUCAAAGACCGCGGCUGCCCCUAUAGAGAGAGUCAAACUGCUCAUUCAGAAUCAAGAUGAGAUGAUUAAGCAAGGACGAUUGUCAAAGCCCUAUGGAGGCAUUGUCGAGUGCUUCACGCGCACUGCCAAGGACGAAGGCGCCAUUUCUCUGUGGAGAGGCAACACGGCCAACGUCAUCCGAUACUUUCCUACGCAGGCACUGAACUUUGCCUUCAAGGACAAGUUCAAGCGCAUGUUUAAUAGAGACAAGAACAAGGACGGCUAUUGGCAAUGGUUCGCCGGUAACUUGGCUUCGGGUGGUGCUGCAGGUGCCUCGAGCUUGUUCUUUGUCUAUUCGCUCGACUAUGCCCGUACCCGUCUGGCCAACGAUGCCAAAUCGGCCGCCAAGGGCGGUGGUGAGCGUCAGUUUAACGGUAUGCUCGACGUCUACAGCAAGACACUCAAGUCGGACGGUAUCGCCGGUCUGUACCGCGGCUUCAACGUGUCCUGCAUCGGUAUCAUCGUCUACCGUGGCCUCUACUUUGGCAUGUACGACUCACUCAAGCCUGCCAUGCCCGAAAAGCUCCAGCAGAGCUUUUUGGCUACUUUCUUGCUUGGUUGGGCCGUCACUACUGGCGCUGGUCUGGCCUCGUAUCCUAUCGACACUGUCCGUAGACGUAUGAUGAUGACGUCGGGUGCAGCCGUCAAGUACUCGUCGUCCAUGGCUGCAUUCAAGGAGAUCAUUGCAAAGGAAGGCGCGCGCUCGUUGUUCAAGGGUGCCGGCGCCAACAUUUUGCGUGCCAUUGCCGGCGCUGGUGUGCUGUCUGGCUAUGACAAGCUCCAGGUCAUCUUGUUUGGCAAAAAGUUUUAA